AUGGCCGGGCAGGCGGUCAACUUGUCAUCCUUUCGUCUGACGAAGCAGAAUUCCCGAGCCAAGGCCGACGGCAUCGUCGAAGUCAGGUUGACCGACAGCGAGGUGCGCGUUUCCGCCUCCAUCACCGCCGCAGCCGCUGACGAGUUGCAGCGCUUUCUCGUCCUCGGAAGCUUCGGCCUUCGCGUCUUAUCCGGGGAGAUCACAGUGGCCGGGGCGACGAUUCGACCUUCCGACCGCACGCACUGGAUACACGCGCCUCAAUGCCACGCGUUGCCCGUCAUGAGAACGGCGGAAGAGACGAGGUUUGAGAUGCACAACGACCCGACGGCCGACGGCUUGAGGAAGUUGGGCCGGCUGUCUCCGCUGUUCCGAGGCAUCUGGCACGAACCGCAGGAAAGGGCGGGCGCCGAGGCGUCCAAGGCACCCUGCUCCUACAGAUUCCUGUCGACUUCGGAGGAUGGGCCGAAGAGGAGCGUCAUCCAGGAGCUUGUAUCGCCGCCAAAGUGGAACAGGAAGCUCGCAUCCCUGAUGGAGUCGACGGCCGACGGCGGCCGUGAACCGCUGACGGUGCUCGUGUGCGGCCCCAAGUCGGCGGGAAAAUCGACCUUUUCGAAGCUGCUCACGAAUCGACUCCUGACGUGGAGGAGCGGCGACGGUGGCGGAGACUCGGCCUGUCGAUUUCCGAAAGGCGUUGCCGUUCUCGACCUGGACCCAGGGCAGCCCGAGUACGCACCCCCGGGCACGGUAUCGCUGGUUCACGUCACCAGGCCCAACCUUGGCGUGCCGUUCACGCACCCCAGCCUCGACGACGAGGCGUACAAGGUAGUGCGAUGCCACUCCAUGGCCUCUGUCAACCCGGCAUCCGGCGCCGAGCUGCAUCUCGAGUGCGCCACCGACCUCCACGACCACUAUCGGCGGACGCUUCGCCACUGCCCGCUCGUCGUCAACACGCCUGGGUGGGUGCUCAGCUUGGGGCUGGAACUGCUGGUGCAGAUCAUCCACCGCAUGCGGCCGGCCGAAGUGAUAUACAUGUCGGAGGAGGGGCCCGCGGAGACGGUCGAGGCGUUGCAGGCCGUCACGAAGAACGUGCUCGUCACAUUGCCGUCGCAACAGUCCGAGUUUGCGUCGCGCACGGCGGCGCACUUCAGAGACAUGCAGACCAUGUCGUACUUUCACACACACACCCUCCGCCCAGGCCCUCGGGAGGAAGAAAGGAGGCAAGAGUGGACCGCUUCGGCCCUCUCGUCCAUUCGGCCGCUCGCCGUUCGAUACGCGGGCGGGCAGCGCGGCUUCCUCGGCGUUCUGCGCUACGACUACCAAGUACCGGCCCAUCUUCUCGCCGAGGCCAUCAACGGCACCGUAUUGGCCGUCGUCGAGAUCGAGGCGCCCGAGGCGUUCAGGGGCCUUGGCGGAAGCGCCGACGGCGGACCGACGCUGUCGAGGACGCGGGAAGGCAUCCCGUUCGUGGCCAACCCCAACGACGUCGCGCUCGACCCACGACACUCGCGGACCAUCGGCCUCGCCCUCGUCCGCGGCAUCGACACGGCCGGCAAGACGCUGCAGGUACUCACGCCGAUGCCCGUGGCCAAGAUUGCCGAGGCGAGGUCGCAGGGGCACAGCAUCGUCUUCGUGCACGGCAAGUUUGACGCUCCGACCUGGUCGUACGCGGAGCACUUGCACGAGGAGCAGGCCGACGACGACGACGGAGACGGAGACGCGUCGCCGGAUGCGCUCGAGGCGGCGGACGAGGACAUGAGCGACGACGACGCCAAGGACGAUGUCGGCUACGCCUCGGACGCCAGGGACGGCACGGCCGUGCCAUGGGUCGAGGUGCUGAGGGGCAGCCAGAAGCGCCCCGUGGGAUCGCGCGUGUGGAGGGUUCGCCGGGACCUGGGCCGCGGCGCCGGCGACUAA